GUUCAGCCAAUAUUCUAACGAACAGUUUUUCGAUGUUCUAUAUCAUGUUAUUAGUAUGUUCUGUGGCUUUGAUGAGUCUUAGUUUCUGCAAUGCAAUUAAUGCAUUAACAUCCUGGGAAAAAUUGGAAAUAUUUCUAAGCAGUGCAGUGAUAUUUAUAGAAUUAUAUUGCGUUUUCCUGGGAAAUUAUGUUGGUCAGAACAUUAUAGAUAGCAGCACUGCCAUAUCUCAAGCGACAUAUAAUGCACAUUGGUACGCUGCGCCAUUAUGUAUGCAAAAGUUAAUACCACUCAUAAUACAAAGAAGUAACAAACACAGUGUUUUAACAGUUGGAGUUUUAUUUGACGCGUCGUUAGAAGGUUUUGCUACGCUUCUAAGUACGUCCAUAUCCUAUGUUAUGGUUCUUCAAUCCAUGGGAACACACACCGAAAGCGAAAAGAAGUAAUAAUUACGUUUUAGGUAUUCGAGUUAUAGGUCUAGGAUAUGUACAGUACAUUUUACAUGUACUUUUCUACAUAUUCAGUA